AUGAAGACCGAGGACCUCAUCCAUAGCUACUGCCAGGUCAUUGGGACAGGAGACGAUGGGAGCAGCCCGUGCCUCAUUGUCUCCGUGGAGAAGGCUCCAAGGUACAGCGGGGGCGAGCCGACGGAGAACAAAAUACUGCGCCGAUAUCUGUUCAACGUUGGAGAGGGAACCCAGCGUUUCUGCGGAGAGGCCGGCGUGAAGCUGGCUAAGGUAAACAAGCUUUUCUUGACGGGUACGGGGGCGGAGGAGCAUGCGGGUCUAUCGGGACUGAUACUGACCUUGUCUGCUCUGGGUUCUCCGGCGCUUGAGGUGUUUGGUCCGACUGGAGUCGAUACACUCGUGGCAGGUCUUCAAGCCUUUGGGCCACGAGUCGGCAGAUGCCCUGCGGUUUCACCGAUGCCCCUCCCUCUUGGUCCCGGUGAAUCGCAGUGCAGCUACGUGCUAGGGGAUGAGCACAUGGAGGUCAGGUGCGGCGUGGUGGACCCUGCGCGAUCGCAGUCGUCGAAGAAGGUGGUAACGGUCGACUCUUCUUCAAGAGAGAGCUCUAGCAGCAGCAGCAGCGAUGAAGAGAGCAGCAGCGAAGAGAGCAGCAGCGAAGAGAGCAGCAGUGGCGAUGACGACAAUGACAGCUCCAACGAUGAAAGUGGAGGCGAGGGCCACCGGGAGAAGGUCAAGGAACAGGGGGGCAAGCAGAAACACGACAGAAGCGACGGUGGGAGCCGUGGUGGUGGUGACGACAUCGUGUCGAACAAACGGAGAGCAGAUGGUGCCGAUAGCCUCACCCCAGCACCUCGCGGCGAGAACAAGGCAACGGCAAACGGAGACGGAGCCAUUGCUAACCCGGGAGCAGGCCACCCAAAGGGUGCGAGAGCGGACCGACACCCGGAAAUACCCGCGGGUAUCCCUGCUCGGGGGCCUGCUGUGCUCUACCGCUGCAGGGUUCUGCACGGGGAAGGGUCUACCUUCCUUGUGCUCUCCUGUCCGAACGUCGCUUACGUUCCGGCCGUCAGGGACCAUGCGAUCGUCAGAGGCGCACGAGGCAAAGACAGUGUCCUGUUCGUUUUUCAUUUGUCCCCGGAGGACGUGGUCGACAGCGCGGCGUACGCCCCGCUGCUGGCCCUCAAGGGCACCCACGUGCUUCUGGGCUGUGGGCGCGAAGGGCGCAGGCGCGGAGCAGGCGGGCUGCAGCACCGCAAGCUGGCGGAGAGGUCUGUCCAGCUGAACUUCGUCGCUCCGCAGGCGUUCCCGCUGCACUCCGCCCUGGUAAAUACGGCGGGGCACGACGGCGCCGAUAGUGUCAGCUCUUGCGAGGAGAUAGGCACCGGGGGAUCAAGGACCGUAGUCGGACACACGCUGACGAAGGCGAUGUUGCUGCCGGUGGCCGCGCGCGGGAUCAACUUGUCGGCCGUAAGGCCUCCGGUUGAGGUUGCCGAGAUAUGGGAGGACAUGGAGCAGAGGGUGGAGGAAGCAGGGCUGAGAGACGAAAGGGAUGUAGUUGUGGCAAGGCUCUGGCGGGCGCACGGGCUGAUGAGGAAGAGCGGGCCACCAAGCGGCCUGACCAGGGAGAGCGGGCUGCCAAACGAGUGCCUGAAUCUAGGUGGGGAAGAUGGUGAUGAGGAGGACUACGACGCCGACGCCACGAUGCGGAACGAGCCGGGAGCCUCGGGCUCGGGCUCAGGCGGCGGGCUGGGCGGGGCCGAAGUUUUUUUCCUCGGAACGGGAAGCGCAGCACCUACGAAGAACAGGGGCUGCAGCGGCAUUUUGGUUCGGAUCCCGCAGGCUGGGCUGGUUGGCCACAAUGGCUUGGCCGCGGAGGGCGCGCCGCUGCGCCUGCUGAUAGACGCCGGCGAGGGCACCCUGGGGCACUUCGAGCGACAGUUCGGGCGGGAAGGGGCGCUGCGAGAGAUCCGGGGGCUCGACUGCGUGUGGAUUUCGCACAAGCACGCCGACCACCACACGGGGCUGUUCCGCCUUAUCGCGGAGCAUCACCGCGCGCGCCAAGCCUCUCGGCCGGCGGGGGGAGGGCCGCGGGAGGCAGCUGCCCCGCUGGUGGUGGUCGCUCCCAGCGCCGUGCUCACAUUCGUGAAGGCGUGCAAGGAGUUUUCGGGAGAGGACAUAUCGUACCAAGCGAUGCGCUGCAAGGACCUCGAGCGGGCUUGGCAUUGGCGGGGUGGCAGCGGUACCCGGGCCGGCCCCAGCCCCAGUGGGAGACGGGGCAGCAGGCGAGGGGUUUCCGCGUUGCUGAGCGGCAUGCGGUCGGUGUCGGUCAUCCACUGCCGGGAGGCGUACGGCCUCGUCGUGCAGCUGUGGGAGGACGGUGCGAAGCUGGUGUACAGCGGAGACACGAGGCCCUGCGAUCGCCUGGUGAGGGCCGGGACCGGGGCGGCUCUGCUUAUCCACGAAGCCACCUUCGACGACUCGAUGCAGCAGGACGCCGUGUCCAAGUUCCACUGCACCACGUCCGAGGCGCUGGAGGUAGGGAGGCGCAUGCGGGCGGGGGAGGUCGUGCUCACCCACUUCUCCCAGAGGUAUCCGCGGGUGCCCGUCUUGGACACCGAGCGGGCCCAGCACUUCUGCGUCGCUUUCGACGGCAUGGUCCUGAACGGCAACACGGUCGGCGUGCUUCCCGCGGCUGCGAACCUGCUCAGCCAAGUCUUGGAGCCUAAAGCAGAGGACGGCGAUGACGGGAAAGAAGAGAUAGUGCCUUCCUGA